GGAUAACACAGGUGGUAACUGAGACCAAGAUGUACUGCAUAAAGAUGUGCAGGAAAUACACGAAGAUUGGAAUUUUAGUAAUGAGCAGGAGAAGACUCCCGAGGGAUCGAAGGUUGAAGAAAGUAAUUCAAAAAGAAUCGGAUCAAAAGCUUGGUCUUCAGAGGAAUCAAACCAAUAUCAAAUAUCACCUCGAAAAUUAGACACUGCUCGUCACCUAAAUAUGGAGGAAGCGAAUUAUGAAAAUGAGGGACAAAUAUCUCCUUAACGGAGAAAAAUUAGAAGGAGUAGACUUUAACGAUAACCCACCUGAUCUUGUAAAGAACAUGAGAAAAUUAAGCAGCAAGCAUGUUUCUAAACAAAGUGAAGGGAGUUCAAAUAAUCCAAGUCAGACCCAAUUUAUAGGCAAUAGUGGCUCUCAUAAACUGGUUUAUCAUGAUCCUAUUGAUGAAGAUGACCCAUUUAAUACUCAUAAAGAAAAUGAUCUUCAAUUAAAUGAAACAUAUGAACUGAGCACUGAUCCAGAUCCUACAACAGUAAUUGUCUCAAAAGGCAGGAAAUGGCUUUGACGUUUUCAAGAGAGCAGAAGAAUUUAUUGGGAUUUGUUCAUCAUGGCCCUUGCUAUCUUUAACUGCAUCCAAGUUCCAUACACAAUAGCAUUUCUUGAAGAUGAAGAUGACAGUGUAGGGGUUUACAUCCUUAAUCAAAUAAUUGAUUCUAUAUUCAUUGCUGAUCUGGUCAUAAGUUUCAGGACUACAUAUAUCAAUGAAGAGACUGGGAUAGAAGUGAAUGAUCCAAAGCACAUAGCAAUUAAUUAUAUCAAAGGGAGAUUCUGGCUUGAUUUGUUAGCUUCUAUUCCUACAGAUCUGAUUUCACUAAUAAUUCCAGGAAGUGACAAUGCUACAUUUAUUCUAAACAUGUUCAACUUGCUCAAAUUAAUGAGAGUAGCUAGGCUCUCAAGACUCAUAGCAUACCUCAACUUAAAAUCUGACAUCAAAAUGGCGAUUAGACUUAUCAAAUUAGUUUUCUUUCUCAUUUUAUAUCUUCACUGAGUGUCUUGCCUCUGGUUCUACAUUGUCAGACAAGACAACGUAUGGAUUCCACCUCUUGAUGAAAAUUAUUCAAAUCCUCUGAUAUAUGAAAGACAUCAUUUCUAUCAAUACCUGACUUCCUUCUACUAUUCAGUUCUGAUGCUUGCUGGGAAUGAUAUGGCUCCUCAGGGAACAGCACAAUUGAUUCUAUCAACAAUCUUUAUCCUAGCUGCUUCGAUAAUUAACGCGAAUAUUUUCGGUAACAUGGCUGUCAUUCUCCAACAAAUGAAUAGAAGAAACUCUGCUUUUCAUGAAAAAGUCGAAAUCGCCACCUCUACAAUGCGGAAUAUGUCAAUUCCAGAGCACCUGCAGAAUAGGGUGCAGGCAUACCUGAUCAGCACACAGGCGACCUUGGAUCAGCAGAAGGAGUUUGAUGAUUUUCUGCAACUUCUUUCGCCUAGUUUAAAGAGCGAAGUCACUAAGCAUAUUUUCCAAGAGUGCAUAAUUGGCAACCCGAUUUUUGAAGAAAAAGUAGAGAUCAUAGAGAUAGUCCUCUAUGACUUAACAACCCUGCUGUUCUUACCAGAAGACGAGAUCUGCAGACAAGGAUCAGCUGGUAGCAAGUUCUAUUUCUUAGCUAAAGGUGAUUGACAGGUAUUCAUCAAAGAUGAGAACCAAAAUGCUAGGCAGAUACAUACUCUUGUUCCAGGAAGCUACUUCGGAGAAGUAGCUCUUUUAAAAGAGUGAUACAGGACUGCAACUGUAAAGUCUAAAAACUACACAACAUGUGCUUCGCUUGAUCAGAAAACAUUCGCAAAGUUAAUUGCUGGAUAUCCAUUUCUAAAAACUGCAAUGGAGAAACGAAUAAAAGAAAAUUAUCAAGACAGAUGGAGAAAAUUUGUAAAGAUGUCCCUUCGCAACAUAGACUUCCUUUCGAACGGUGUCUCUGACGAAGUAAUCGAGGAAAUAUCCUAUAAAAUGGAAAUGAUCAGCCUCCAUGCUAACGAGCAUCUCUUUCAUAGUGGUUACCCUUGCCGUGAAAUAUUCAUAAUUUGAAAUGGGGAAUUAGAAAUCAUGAUUUCAAGUAAAAGUAUUGCAACCGGCAGAUAUCUCGAAACACUAUCGUCUGGGUGUAACAUAGGAUCAUACUCAUGCUUAGUCUAUGAAGACUAUACUAUUACAGGAAUCGCACAGACAGAUGUCUCUGUUAUCAAGCUAGAUUUUGCCAUUCUUGAUAUUAUGAGGAAUAAAUAUGAUGAUUUAGACCGUAAAAUGAAUGAGUAUGAAAAAUUCAUAGACGAAAAUGGCCUUCCAAACUGAGAUUUCAAAUUAUAUAGAAGCAAGCAAAAUAACCCAAAGCCAAUUGUAAAAUUUAGAGAAGCUGUCAAUAGGCUGAUCAGGAUUCUUAAGUCUUACAAAAAUGUCUUCACAGAUAUUUUACGAAAAAUUCAAGAGAAAAUACGUGAAGAAAAGAGAGAAAAAGAGAAAAGACAGUUGAAAAAGACACUUCAUUCAAAGCCUCAGACACAUGAGCAAAAAGUUGAGCAGAUGCUCACCAUCCUCUCUACCCAAAUGAACGAAUUACGUGAAGAAGUUAGUGAUCUCAGAGAGCAAGCUUCUCACUGUAUUUGCGGAGCCCAAGCAAAGGAGGGAAGCUCCAAGCGGUCAGAGACAGCAACUGGCAAAAGGGAGUCCUUGCAAAUAGUCGAUGACCUUGCUAUAAGCUCGAGGGUUAAUAAAAGGAGCUCAAGGUUUUCUCAAGCUAAUGCAGUACAAGAAAAAGAGCAACCUCUUUUAAGAAGAAUGUUUGAUGCGCAGAUGAACCUUCGGAGAAAGACUACCACAAGGCAAGGCCUUGAUUUGCAGAAUUUAGGGUCUGGGAAAUAUGAAAAAGUAGAUUUAAGCUCAAAUAAAAACACUCAGCCUCAAAAAUUAGAUGGUUCUCAAACAGACAAAAAUAUUUUAGCAGAGUCAAUUUUGCCUGACGAGGUGUAUAAACCCCCAAAUCAUCUGCUUAAGACUCAGAACGACCAGGGCCUACCCCAGAUAGUGGAGAGCAAGCCUCCAAAUGAAGAGAAGAAGGAUGAGUCAUUUUUUGGCAAAAGUAAGGACUCAAGUAAACAUGGACAUGACACUUGGAAAAAUUAACUCAUUUAUAUAAAAUUACAUAAUUAUUACUUUGAAGAGGAUGAAAGCAAAACAUAUUCUGUUAGAAUUGUGAUAACCAAUAUAAAUCAACGAAAGCCGCCAUAUAUAGACAGUAUGACUUAUAAAAAAGUUUUGAAAGCUUUUCUCCAAUGAGAGAAAAGGUCAAAAUAAGCAAUAAUACAUUCUACACAAGCUUCUUAUCCU